CCCACGGGCGCCGCCAUGUUGGGGGUCCUCGCCAGGGGCGCGCAGGUGUCUGCGUAAGAUGCCGGCGCGGCGGCGCGGGCUCCCCCAAGAUGGCGUCCAUGCGGGAGAGCGACACGGGCCUGUGGCUGCACAACAAGCUGGGGGCCACGGAUGAGCUGUGGGCGCCGCCCAGCAUCGCGUCGCUGCUCACGGCCGCCGUCAUCGACAACAUCCGCCUGUGCUUCCACGGCCUCUCGUCGGCCGUGAAGCUCAAGCUGCUGCUCGGGACCCUGCACCUCCCGCGCCGCACCGUGGACGAGAUGAAGGGCGUGCUGAUGGAGAUCGUCCAGCUGGCCGCGCUGGACUCGGACCCCUGGGUGCUCAUGGUCGCCGACAUCCUCAAGUCCUUCCCGGACACCGGCGCGCUCAACCUGGACCUGGAGGAGCAGAACUCCAACGUGCAGGACAUUCUGGGGGAGCUCAGGGAGAAAGUGGGCGAGUGCGAGGCGUCGGCCAUGCUGCCGCUGGAGUGCCAGUACCUGAACAAAAACGCGCUGACCACGCUCGCCGGGCCCCUCACGCCGCCCGUGAAGCACUUCCAGCUGAAGCGCAAGCCCAAGAGCGCCACGCUGCGGGCCGAGCUGCUGCAGAAGUCCACGGAGACGGCGCAGCAGCUGAAGCGCAGCGCGGGGGUGCCGUUCCACACCAAGGGCCGCGGGCUGCUGCGCAAGAUGGACACCACAACCCCCCUCAAAGGCAUCCCGAAGCAGGCGCCCUUCCGGAGCCCCACGGCGCCCAGCGUCUUCAGCCCCGCGGGGAACCGGACCCCGAUCCCGCCGUCUCGGACGCCGCUGAGGAAAGAGCGGGGCGUGAAGCUGCUUGAUAUCUCCGAGCUGGACAUGGUCGGCGCCGGCCGCGAGGCCAAGCGGCGGAGGAAGACCCUGGCAGAUGCGGAAGCGGUGGACAAGCCCGCCAAGGAGGAGACGGUCGUUGAAAACGCCACCCCGGACUACGCGGCCGGCCUGGUGUCCACGCAGAAACUUGGGUCUCUGAGCAACGAGCCGGCGCUGCCCUCCACGAGCUACCUGCCCUCCACGCCCAGCGUGGUCCCCGCGUCGUCCUACGCGCCCAGCGCCGAGACGCCCCCAGCCCCGCCGUCCCGGGAAGCCAGCCUGCAGGCCGCCCAGCCGCCCGAGGAGCCCGGCGCCCCGAGCCCCACGCUGCCCGCGCAGUUCAAGCAGAGGGCGCCCCUGUACAGCAGCAGCCUGAGCCCCGCCACGCCGGCGCCCGCCGCGCCCGCCUCGCCCCUGACGCCCACCACACCCCCGGCUGCCACGCCCACUGCUCCGAUGCCCCCCGUGGCCAUGGUCCUGCAGGCGCAGCCCCCCACCCAGCAGCAGCAGCAGCAGCCUAAGAAGAAACUGUCGCUCACGAACGAGCAGAUGCUGGCUGCCCAGGAGAUGUUCAAGACCGCCAACAAGGUCACGCGGCCCGAGAAGGCGCUCAUCCUGGGCUUCAUGGCCGGCUCCCGAGAGAACCCGUGCCAGGAGCAGGGGGACGUGAUCCAGAUCAAGCUGAGUGAGCACACGGAGGACCUGCCCAAGGCGGACGGCCAGGGCAGCACCACCAUGCUGGUGGACACGGUGUUUGAGAUGAACUACGCCACGGGCCAGUGGACACGCUUCAAGAAGUACAAGCCCAUGACCAACGUGUCCUAGGGCUGCCCACCGUGGCCACUGGCCCCGAGAGACGCGAGCUCCGAGCUGAGGGACCCCCGGCGGCCCCGGCUCCUGGCCAGGCCCCGGGCCUGUUUGUUCUUAGAGCUAUUUUUCCGGGGUGUGGGUUAUAACGUGGGGUACUUUUGUGUGAUCUGACACUUUUUUUGGAUUCAGUAGUACAUUUCUGGAUGUUGACAUUAA